AUGCACGGUUUCAAUGUUACGGUGCUUGCGUACGGCCAAACCGGGUCUGGUGAGCGAGCUCGAAGUAGCUCGCAACACGGCGGUCGGCAAGCCUCUGGUGCUAAACUGACGAUCCACGAAGACGACCAGGAUGUGUGGGUCGAGGGGCUGCAGCAAGUUGAGGUGAAGAGCGUCAAUGAAGCACUGGAUCUGCUGAGAACAGGUCGUCAGCGACAGACUGUCGGUGCACACGCUCUUAACGACCAAUCGAGUCGGUCGCAUGCUGUGUACACUCUCGAAGUUUCACGCACGUUUAACAACGAGAUAAAACGCGCCAAGCUGACGUUUGUGGAUCUAGCGGGCAGCGAACGUGCCAAAAAGACGUUGCAAGAAGGUCACGGCAUGAAAGAGGGCUCCCAUAUCAACACGCUAGGGAACGUGAUCAAUGCGCUGGGCUCCAGACAACGGUCGUUACAGCUCCUAAACAGCCCUCGGGUCAGUAGUCGAGGAACUGGGAGUGGCAACGUCACCCCUCGUCAUGUACCGUACCGCUCGUCGAAACUUACACGGCUGCUUCGUGACGCCCUCGGUGGCAACUCGGUUACACUUUUCAUUGAGAACGCAACAAUCCAUUCAAUUUCAGAAAAAUACUCUCCUCGACUAUCCAGCAAAAGAGAGGAUGGGUCACUUUCAAGACGAGUGAUGAUCGAUCAGGCUACGCAAUAUGAACCUUUAUGCCCCCAACAUGAGCGGAAGACUUUAAUCGACUACGUCCUGCUGUCACCAAGUGAAAUAUUUCGUGAGGUACACAAUCAAAAGAAGCUCGAAGGAGCUCCUUCCCCGUGGCCACACCGACGCCGUCAGGACAAUGAAUCUAGCGUAUCAAAAGCCAAAAGUCAGUCACGUUCCAAGACAAGAGACGUGCUUCAUGAUCUCCUGCAAUGUACUCGCCAGCUUGUCGAGAAUAGUCCAGUUUUUGGAGACUUUGAUCGUAAUCCAGAGGUACAAGACCCCAGCAGAAAGGAGGAACAAAGUCCGUUGUCGUUCGAUACCUUUGUGAAUCGCAUGACCGCUCUUUACGAUCAGCGAAGUCGUCAGCAUCAAUUCGUGCAUCGACUUCAGCAACGCUUUCGCCACCUCGCGAGUUUGUUGGCUGUUGCAAAUGCUGACAACCAAGUGAACGAGCUGUCCAAGUACACUUUGGACCAUCAAUUCGAUCAACUGCAACAACAACUUUCGAGGUUUGAGCGUCUUGCCGCAGACAGACUCUGGACACGUCUGCAAAAUCGAGAAGUUGCCAUCGAGAACUACACUGCAGUGUGGAACGACCAAAUGGCCGAGGUUUUCCUGUCAGACGAUCAGUACGAGGCAUGUCGACCGUGGCAUCCUCACCGUGAGGAUCAUGGAUUUUUCCAACAUCGCAUUUUGCCUUUUAUUCUCAGCGGUUGGAUUUCUGUCACACCGAGUGACCUCGACAACGAGCAACUAUGGCUUGCAUUAUGA